AUGAAGGCUGCCUUCCAAAUGAGCAACCUGGGGCCUCUCUCCUUCUACCUGGGGAUCGAGGUGCACCAGGACGACUCCGACAUCACACUUCGAAAGACCACCUACACCAAGCGCAUCAUUGAGCUGGGUGGGCUCACUGACUGCAACCCUUGUGCUGAGGAGGUGUAUGCUACACAGUACCGAUGCCUUGUGGGGAGCCUUCGCUACCUCACCCACACACGACCGGACUUGGCAUUCUCCGUCGGCUACAUUAGUCGGUUCAUGCAGCGACCGAUGAUGGAGCACCAGCAGGCUGUCAAGAGGAUCCUCCGCUACGUCGCGGGGACACUCAACUACGCCCUCCACUAA